UUGUAGUUCCAUUCUGUGGUUGGGAGAUGAGCAAGCCAUGGAAGAAAAGCAAGGAUCUGGAUGAACAUCGCUACUGGAACCGCACAGAAGAGCAAGACAGGCAUUUCUUCAAGGUUAUGAUUGGCGACUUCCAUAAGAGAAUGAUCAUACCAGAUAGGUUUGUCCAGCAUUUCAGGGGGCAAACAGGAGGAACCAUUAAGCUAGAAUCACGCCAUGGUUACACUUUUGAUGUUGAGAUUACCAAGAAUUUGGGGAAACUAGUUCUUGAAUCGGGAUGGAAGGCGUUUGCUCGUGCUCAUAACUUGAGAACGGGGGACUUUCUUGUGUUCAAGUAUGAUGGCCACUCUCAAUUGAAGGUUUUGAUCUUUGGCCCGAGCGGUUGCGAGAAAAUUGAGGCGUGCAAUCUCAUGAAAAAUGCUGCUCCUGGUAAAGAAUGGUGGGGAAACACUGCUGACAUUGUAAACACAAACACUUGUUCCAAUCUUCCCAUGAAAUUUCCAAAAAGUGGAAGACAAAUUAGGCCAAGCAAGGAUAGCUCAAGGCAGGGGAAUGACACCAUCAAUAUCAGCUCGUCAAGCUCUCCAUCAGAUUCAGCAGGAGGUAUUUCAUCUUUAGAAGAUGAUCAUUCCCUGCCAGGUUGUAUCCUCGCAAAUGGCACCCUCUUGGAUCUAAAUCAGGUGCAGAAGAAGCAACUUAAAGAAAAAAUCCGAGCUAUUAAUUCCAAAAUUCCCCUUUAUGGGUGUGUCAUAAGGAAGAGCAGUAUUUACGGCAGAACCCGUAUGCUUGAGAUAUCAAAAAAAUAUGCUCAAGUAUACCUUCCAUUUGAGGAACAAAUGCUGACCCUUCAGCGCCAUGGCAAGAAGUGGGAAGUGCGCUGUCGAGUUAAGAAAACCAAAACCAAAAGGUUUUUGAGAGGGUGGAAGCGUUUUGCGUGUGGCAACAAUUUGAAGCUGGGAGAUGUCUGCCUCUUUGAGCUACUGAGAAACAAAAGGAAGUAUGCGAUGAACGUCUAUAUCGUUCGCAAAUCCCAGUACAAGAGGAAAUGCGCGUCUGAAGAAAAGCUGGCCACAAGAUUCAAGAAACAGAAGUAGCAAAAGGAGUUUUGGGUAAGGCCAGAAGAGUGAAGCCCUGACAAUAUACUGAAGCAAAGAGCUCAGAGUUCAUAAUAAAGCUCAAGUCCAGUUAGUUUCAGCUGCCUUUUGAUAUUUAAUCUUAAGACCUUAUGUUUACCUUACGUUUAAGUGGAUGAACUUUAAUGUCAGACAGGACAAUAUAAUGCUAGAGGUUAUUGUGUGGAUGUACUUUCGGUUAUGUCAGGACAGAGUUACAUUAUGGUUAGUUGCUCAGUUUUGCUGUUGGUUGCAGU